AUGUGGAGUGACGUCGAUGCAGCCACAUGGGAGUUGAAACAUAGCGGAACUCCGAACACGGACUGUCAGCCAUCAUUUACAUCUGUGGCAGGUAAAGUGAAACAUGGUAUGUUCAGUGCAGAUGAAUGCAAGACCUCAUUGACAGAGAACGCCGACGGAAUUACUUUGGACUACGAGUUUAAGAUCCAAGUUAGUGCUUCUGGUAGUCCGACUUUUCCAUAUGACCACGAGUACACAAUAACAUGUACGUAUAUCAGGGAAAAACAGGGUCUUCAGGCCAGCUUCCUAACUCAACAUUCAGUCACUGAAACUGGUACUGAUGUCACGGUCAAGGGUCCGUUCAGUGGAGACACUUGGUCUCCACAUUUUUGUUUUCGAGUUGGUGAUAAGAUCGAUCAAGCUGUCGUGCGUCAUUUACAGCCAAGCUCUGAGACGGGUAGCUGUAACUUGUCGAUAGCAGACCUUGCAUCUAUUACUGUUCAGUUUUUUUCUUACGAACUUCUCCUUUCAAAAGCAGUUUCUAAGAGAAGUGAAUUUCCAAGCUUUGGAAAUCAAUUCCACAAGAGUUCCCCUGAAAACCCAUUAAGAAGUGAGAAAAAAAUGAAGCAACCACCUUGUUUGCCGAUCAUUGUCGUCCUUCUUGCGUUUUAUUCUGCGCCUUCUUAUGAACAAGAGACAACGACCAUUGAAAACAUUAUCUGCGGAGACGUCUCAAAUAUCGAGUUUACACUCGUCAUCCCUGAUAUCAAUCAGUGGGAUGACGGCAAUAAAGCCAUGUGGGAGUUGAAACAUAGCGGAUCUUCGAACGCAGACUGUCAGCCAUCAUUUACAUCUGUAGCAGGCAAAGUGAAAUAUGGUGCGUUCAGCGCCGAUGUUUGCAUGAACUCAUUGACAGAGAACGUCGACGGAAUUACUUUGGACUACGAGUUUAAGAUCGAAGUUAGUGCCUCUGGUAGUCCGACUUUUCAGUAUGACCACCAUUACACGAUAACAUGUACAUAUAACAGGGAAAAACAGGGUCUUCAGGCCAGCUUCCUACCUCAACAUUCAAUCACUGAAACUGGCACCGAUAGUGGUGAGCUGGCUUUCACUUUUGAGUUAUUGGACGGCAGCACCCCAGUAGUCCCUAGCACGGAAAUUACUUUGGGGACAGACCUUAUCGGAAAAUUGACGGUUUCAGAAUCUGGUUUUCCAACCAACAAGUUUAACGUUUUUUUCGUAUCUGUCAAGGCAGACAAAGAAACCUCCGAUAGCUCGAUCACUUUGAUUACGAAUGGGUAAGUUCCAAACUUUUAUCUAUAGCCAUUAAAAGCAGUUUCUUUAUUAACAACACUCACAUACAUACCGAUGUAAGUUUUAGCUCGUUUUCAUCGAUAAUUUGAGUAGCUUUGCUUUAUUUUUUC